ACGAAAUGAAAAAGCAAUUAAAAUAAUGAAGUGAUAAAAGAAUUAUAUAUAUCUUUCCAUUUACCGUCAGGCAUAUACCGUCUAAACAUGCAGGUGGAAAAUUACUUACACAAAUGAAGACAAAAACAAUUAAAAAAGUAAAAAUAAUUAUGAUGAUGAUAAUAAUCACUGAAAUAUAAAUCAUGGUUCAAGAUGUUUUUGUAUUAUUUUAUGUUUUAAUCACAUAUGUAUUGGCUGCAGAGUUGUGGUCACAAUGAACUGCUCUGUGGAAAUAAUGUGUGUCAUACAUGCGCAUAGACGCUUUUCUGUCAUCUGUUCUUAAAUAUAAUAGUGUUUCUUCAAGCGCGUGUCUGUGUGUCUAUGGGCAAAUUAUUUGUAAUAUUAAUUUGAUAAUAAUAGCCUAAUAAUAAUAAUUUAAUACAUGGGAAAACGAGCCAAAUAUCUUGAUAUCGUCAAAGGCAUCAGCUAUUGGCGAUCACUCUGACCAUCGUCGAUCCCCGAGAUCGUUGUCUGUUGGCACAACCCUAAUGUGCAUUUCUCUCUAUAAAUGAACAAAAUGUUCAGACAGUCUCCUUGCUGGUUUUUCCGACACAUUCAGAAUCAUUACCGCUUUUGCCGGUGUCGCUGCAGCUCGCUUUGUGCAUGCGCUUGUAAAAUGUAUAUUUUAAAGACUCAUUAUUACGGUUUAGUAUUUCUCUGUAAUGCAGAACAGUGUUAGUAAUGUUACUUAUAACAUUCUUUCUCAGCCCUGGAACUCAAGUGCAUUUUAUAAAAAGUCAACUUUCACCACUUGUUUUGAAUAAUAACCUGUAAAAUUAUGUGACAGCCUUUAUGUAGACUCAGAGUUCAUAUAUGUGCGUUACCCUAAAGACAUUUGUUUUGGUUUUUAUGGAAGCUCUGGGUGAGUGCAAAUGUUUUACUGUUAUUUUUAAAUAUUCUUUCCCUAUUUUUAUUCAUGCAUAUUGUUCAUUUAAUUUAAAUGAAAAGCAUAGUUUGAUGAAGUUCUCAUUUUUAAACCAUUCUUGGUAACAUUUAUGAAUAAAACAAAAUAUAAAAUUUCAUGUAAUGUACGCGUUAUGCGUGUUAUUUUUAAAGUGCAUUUUAAUUUACGAGUAAUCGGUUACUGUUUCUUUUGUGGGUUGGAGUGUGUUGGUAGUCCUUCGAUUUUGAAGAUGACUAAUUUUGUCUGUGCUAACAUCUGUGGACUCUUGAGUGGCUCUGCAGUCCCAAUCUGGAUCGGCAGAGUUUUGCACAGGAAGACACUUUCUGUUACUGGAUUUGCAGCAUGUGUGUAACAGGAGGCUAGCUGUUGUGAGCGGAGCUGAUCCUCUAGCAUUUUUAUAGCUGUGUGGGUAACUGCUCGAAAUCUUGGUCGGUCGGUCGAAACUUCCUCCAGCUCUGAUGGGGUGAUACCACACCACUUGUCCUUCAAGCUGUCCUUGUAGCGUUUGCAUGGUUGGCCUCAUUUGCGCUGGCCCUUUUCUAGUUCUCCAUAGAACAGCUGCUUGGGGAUCCGAUCGUCUGUCAUUCAUAUGACGUGGCCUGACCAGCGUAGUUGUGACUUCAAAAUCAAAUCACUUUUAUUGUCACACAACCAUAUACAAAAGUGCAAUAGUGGGUGAAAGUCUUGGGUGCAGUUCCGAGCAACAUAGCAGUCAUGACAGUGAUGAGACAUAUACCAAUUUACAAUAAACACACAAUUUACACAACAAUUUACAUAUCUAAUAUACACAAUUACAACACAAUAUACAAAUAAUAAUAUACAAUGUACAGUAUACAAUACACACAAUAUAGAAUACACAUUAUACAAUAAAAAUAGUAUAUAUAUAGUAUAUAUAAAAUAUACAGUAGGUUGUAUUGUACUGUAUUGACAUUCAGGCUGUCGGUUGAUAGUCAGUUGCCAGUGUUUUGUUAAGAGAGAAUAUAAUGUAUGACAGUCCAGUGUGAGAUAAUAAGAUUAAUAAAGUGCAGUGCUGAUGUAUAUUGAUCGUGAGAGAUCAAGAGUUCAAAAGUCAGAUUGCUUGGGGGAAGAAGCUGUCAUGAAGUCGGCUGGUGCGGGUCCUGAUGCUGCGAUACCGCCUGCCUGAUGGUAGCAGUGAGAGCAGCCCAUGGCUCGGGUGGCUGGAGUCUCUGAUCCUCUGAGCUUGGUAUAUAUGUCCUGGAAGCUCACCUCCGAUGAUGUGUCUGGCAGUUCGCACCACCCUUUGCAGUGCUUUGCGGUUGUGGGUGGUGCUACCAGGCAGUGAUGCAGCCAGUCAGGAUGCUCUCUACAGUGCAGGUGCAGAACCGUGUGAAGAUGUGGCAGUUCAUUCCAAACUUCCUCAGCCGUCUCAGGAAGAAGAGGCGCUGAUGAGCCUUCUUCACAACGGCCUCAGUGUGGACGGACCAUGUGAGUUCCUCAGUGAUGUGGACACCCAGGAACUUGAAGCUGUUGACUUGAUGGUGAUGGGGCUGUGUUCUCUGUCUUUUCUCCUGAAGUCCACCACAAGCUCCUUGGUCUUGCUGACAUUGAGGGAGAGGUUGAGCUCCUGACACCAGCGUGUCAGAGUGUGCACCUCCUCUCUGUAGACUGUUUCAUCAUUGUCAGUGAUCAGACCUACCACUGUCAUAUCACCAGCAAACUUGAUGAUGGUUUUGGAGCUAUGUGUUGCCACACAGUCAUGUGUGUACAGGAAAUACAGGAGUGGGCUGAGAACACAGUCCUGUGGGGCUCCAGUGUUGAGGGUCAGUGGUGAGAUGUUGCUGCCCAUUCUAACCACCUGGCGUCUGCUUGACAGGAAGUCCAGGAUCCAGCUGCACAUCGAGCUGUUUAAGCCCAGAGCCCGGAGUUUCACAUCAAGCUUGGAGGGCACUAUGGUGAUGAAUGCUGAGCUGUAGUCUACAACCAGCAUUCUCACAUAAGUGUUCCUUUUCUCCAGGUGGGAGAGAGCGGUGUGUAGUGUAGAUGCAAUGGCAUCAUCAGUGGAGCAGUUGUUGCAGUAAGCAAACUGCAAUGGGUCCAGUGAGGGAGGCAGCACAAAGCAGAUGCAAUCUCUGAUUAGUCUCAAAGCAUUUGCUGAUGAUGGCGGUCAGAGCAACAGGACGCUAGUCACUUAAGCAAGUGAUUUUGGAUUGCUUUGGUACAGGCACAAUGGUGGACGUUUUGAAGCAUGUGGGGACCACAGACAAGGAGAGGGAAAGGUUGAAAAUGUCUGUAAAAACACCAGCCAGUUGGUUCGCGCACGCUCUGAUGACGCAUCCCAGAAUGCCGUCUUGACUUGCAGCUUUACGGAUAUUCACCAGUUGGAAGGAUCGGGUUACAUCCGCUACAGAGACGGAGAGUGAACUAACCUCUGUAGGUUCAGCCACGAGAGCUCUCUCUCCACGAGGGCAGUGUUAUUUCCCUCGAAACGAGCAUAAAAAGUAUUUAGCUCAUCCGGGAGAGAGGCAGCGGUGUUCACGGCGGAGUUUUUAUUCCCUUUAAAGUCCAUGAUGAUAUUAGUUCCCUGCCACAUGCUUCUAGAGUUGGUGGUGUUGAACUGUCCUUCAAUCUUGUUCCUGUACUGAUGUUUUGCUGUUCUGAUAAUAACUGGCUUAUUUAUGCUCCUCCGCGUUUCCGGAAUUAAAAGCGGAGGUCCGUGCAUCAAGUGCCGCGCAAACAUCGCUAUUAAUCCAUGGCUUCUGGCUGGGAUAGAUCCGUAUUGUUUUGGUCGGAACAACAUCCUCUACGCACUUUCUGAUGAAACACGUUAAGCUAUCAGCAUGAACCUUGAUGUCGUCAUCAGAGGCGGACCAGAACAUCUCCCAGUCCGCGUGAUCAAAACAGUCUUGUAGCGUAGAAUCUGAUUGGUCCGACCAGCACUGGAUCGUUCUGAGGGUGGGCGCUUCCUGUUUCAGUUUCUGCCUGUAAGCGGGCAGAAGCAGAAUGGAAGAGUGGUCAGAUUUGCCAAAUGGUGGGCGGGGGAGGGAUUUGUUGCCAUCCUGGAAGGGAGAGUAGCAAUGGUCCAAAACCCGGUCCCCUCAUGUGUUGAAACUUAUGUGUUGGUGGUAUUUUGGUGCGAUUGAUUUGAAAUUGGCUUUGUUAAAGUCCCCAGUCACAAUGAACGCGGCCUCAGGGUGCGCGGUUUCCUGCUCACUUAUACUCCCAUACAGUUCCUUGAGUGCCCGGUCUGUGUCGGCUUGUGGCGGGAUGUACACAGCAGUGAUAAUGACCGCUGUGAAUUCCCUCGGUAGCCAGAAUGGUCGACACAGAAGCAUGAGAAAUUACAGAUCAAGAGAGCAGAAAGACUUGAUAGAAUGUAAGUUCCUCUGAUCACACCAGGAUUUGUUGAUCAUAAAACAUACACCACCACCUCUGCUUUUACCUGAGAGGUCUUUCACUCUGUCUGCUCGGUGCAUGGAGAACCCCGUGGGUUCGAUGGCUGAAUCUGGAAUCUCAGCAGACAUCCAAGUUUCUGUAAGGCAGAUAAUGCAGCAGUCCCUCAUCUCUCAUUGGAAAGAGAUCUGCGCUCUCAGAGCCUGUUGUCCAGAGACUGAACAUUUGCCAGUAGAAUACUGGGUAGCAGGGGUCGUUUUGUGUGACGUCUUUCUCUGAGAAUGCCGGCUCUCCUUCCCCUUUUCCUUCUGCAUUUCCACGGCCAGGCUGCCCAGACAAAGGGCUCCGCUGCCGUGUUUGUAAACAGUGGGUCGGCAUUGAGGAAUUUUAAUUCCGGUUUACGGUGUGCAAUUGCAGAACCAAUGUCCAAAAGUGUUUGCCUAUCAUAGACAAUAAGGCAGAUAACAUCCAAGACAAAAAAACAUAAGAAUUGUAAACAAAACAAACAAAAAACUGCAAUGUUGUUUCGGAGCUCGCAAUGCAGCAGCCAUACUCGGCGCCAUCUUGAGUCCAAUGAUGCAGCAGGGCUUCGAUGGAGGAUGUGUUGGCUCACUCAAGGACCUCAAAAUUCAAGACUUUGUCUUGCCACUGGAUGCCCAUGAUGGAUCGAAGGGCCCUCAUGUGGAAUUUCUCCAGCUGUUUGAUGUGGCAGCGGAAGAGAGUCCAGGCAUAUCCACCAUACAGCAAUGAUGUGAGAACAACUGCUCUUAAGACUUUGAGCUUUGUGGCCAAGGAUACGUUGUGAUUAUUUGGUAUCCUGCAGCAAAGUCUUCCAAGGGCUUGGCUGGCUUUACUGAUCCUCGAGGAGAGUUCUUUGUCGAGCUGUCCAUUGUUUGAGAUUAUGCUGCCAAGGUACCUGAAGCUUUCAACAGUCUUCAACUCUGUGCCAUCAAUGACGAUGGAAUGUUGGAUGAUGGUUUUGUUUGACAUAGGCUGCACCAGGAACUUUGUCUUGCCGAGGCUAAUGGUGAGGCCAAACAGUUUUGAAGCUUCGGAGAAGCUAUUCAGCAUUGCCUGCAGGUCAGUGGCCAUGAGUCAUGAAGGUGCAGUCAUCAGCAAACAACGCUUCCUGGAUGAGGCCAGCAUGUUUUGGUCUUUGCAGAUAGUCUGUGCCGGUUAAAGACCGAGCCAUCAAGGCGAUAGCGGAUGUAAAUGCCUUUGUCCAUAUGUUGCAUGGCAUGCUUGAGAACACGGGUAAAGAACAAGUUGAAAAGUACAGGUGCCAGGACGCAGCCUUGCUUCACGCCAUUUGAUAUCUCAAAUGCAUCAGACUGGUCACCAUUUGAGAGGGCUUGACCCAUCAUACCAUCAUACCAUCAUGGGUUAGAGUACUCCACUACAAAAUUACUUGAAAAUGCCCAUCCCUAUUUUUAACAAUGCGUUAUUUAGCAAUUUCUAGAAAAGUUAUCAGCUAACUGGACAAUAUCUUUUAUUUAAAUUUUAGUUUUUACUCUAUAUCAUCAGCCUGUUCUAUUAAUUAGAUGACAUUUGGCCAUUUUUUUUUUUUGUUCAUUUUCCGCAAAUAACCUACACUAUAUUGCCAAAAGUAUUCGCUCACCCAUCCAAAUAAUUGAAUUCAGGUGUUCCAAUCACUUCCAUGGCCACAGGUGUAUAAAAUGAAGCACCUAGGCAUGCAGACUGCUUCUACAAACAUUUGUGAAAGAAUGAGCCGCUCUCAGGAGCUCAGUGAAUUCCAGCGUGGUACUGUGAUAGGAUGCCACCUGUGCAACAAGUCCAGUCAUGAAAUUUCCUCGCUACUAAAUAUUCCAGUCAACUGUCAGUGGUAUUAUAACAAAGUGGAAGCGAUUGGGAAUGACAGCAACUCAGUCACGAAGUGGUAGGCCACGUAAAAUGACAGAGCGGGGUCAGCGGAUGCUGAGGCGCAUAGUGCGCAGAGGUCGCCAACUUUCUGCAGAGUCAAUCGCUACAGACCUCCAAAGUUCAUGUGGCCUUCAGAUUAGCUCAAGAACAGUGCGUAGAGAGCUUCAUGGAAUGGGUUUCCAUGGCCGAGCAGCUGCAUCCAAGCCAUACAUCACCAAGUGCAAUGCAAAGCGUCGGAUGCAGUGGUGUAAAGCACGCCGCCACUGGACUCUAGAGCAGUGGAGACGCGUUCUCUGGAGUGACGAAUCACGCUUCUCCAUCUGGCAAUCUGAUGGACGAGUCUGGGUUUGGCAGUUGCCAGGAGAACGGUACUUGUCUGACUGCAUUGUGCCAACUGUGAAGUUUGGUGGAGGGGGAUUAUGGUGUGGGGUUGUUUUUCAAGAGCUGGGCUUGGCCCCUUAGUUCCAGUGAAAGGAACUCUGAAUGCUUCAGCAUACCAAGAGCUUUUGGACAAUUCCAUGCUCCCAACUUUGUGGGAACAGUUUGGGGAUGGCCCCUUCCUGUUCCAACAUGACUGCGCACCAGUGCACAAAGCAAGGUCCAUAAAGACAUGGAUGAGUGAGUUUGGUGUGGAAGAACUUGACUGGCCUGCACAGAGUCCUGACCUCAACCCGACAGAGCACCAUUGGGAUGAAUUAGAGCGAAGACUGUGAGCCAGGCCUUCUCGUCCAACAUCAGUGUCUGACCUCACAAAUGCGCUUCUAGAAGAAUGGUCAAAAAUUCCCAUAAACACACUCCUAAACCUUGUGGAAAGCCUUCCCAGAAGAGUUGAAGCUGUUAUAGCUGCAAAGGGUGGGCCGACGUCAUAUUAAACCCUAUGGAUUAAGAAUGGGAUGUCACUUAAGUUCAUAUGCGUCUAAAGGCAGAUGAGCGAAUACUUUUGGCAAUAUAGUGUAUAUUCACUCAAUAUUUCUGAGCAAAUUAGAUGAAUUAUUUCAGCAAUUUUGAGUUCAUUUGCCAUUAUUAAAUUGUACUGCAUAAGCUCUACCAUCGGCCACUGUCACAGUAAAAUUGGCAGUGUUAAAUAAGCAGUGUUAUUCUACAUUUACUCUUAAGGAGUUAACUUAACAACAAAUAGUGAAAGAUCCCCUCUAGUGUUGGUGAAAAUUAUCAGAGUUAAAUUCUGCCUCGUUAACUUUACUCUGUUAAGCUCCGCCCCUCACGCUAACGUCAAGGAUCUGAACAGACGUUUCUCGUCAUCGUCUCCACCGCCAUUUUCUUUCUCCGCGCACCAAAAGGUAAGCUCUUUUAAAUAACGUAUUAAAACAUCAUUUUUCAAUUUUAUGUGAAUAAAUGUGCUAAUAUUACGGCAUAGGGUGUAGUUUGAUGAACUUUGUGUAAUUUGGUGGGGUCAAACUCCGAAUAGAAUUGGCAACUUCUCAGUAUGGUGGAGAAUUUUUUUUCUUCACAGUGUGGUAAUAAAUCUUAAAUGAUGUCAAUGAUCGUGUUUAAUUUGUAUUUCUGUUGUAGUUAGCUUUGUUAUAACCUGUUAAUUUGUAUAUUUUUAUUUAUAAACGUCGAAUAAUCCAACGUCACAAUGGAGCAUUAACAGUUAUAGCGGCUAAGUUUUUGCAUUAAACAGUAGAAAUGGCAAUGUUCAAAGUCUUAGUUAAAAGUGAUGACUAUGCAAACUAUUUCAACAAUUUCGGUACCUAACCUGUUUCUACUGUCAUGUGUGUAAAACUCCGUCACCUAGGCCUAUUACAGGACAUGCUGGUUAAGGUGAAACUUGGGGAUGCUCAAAAAUUUGUUAAAAUAACCGAGCUGAGCCUGGAGUUUUUGUCUGCUGCUUUUUUAAAGUUUGGUGUCCUAACUGUACCCGAGAAUGUGAUGGUUGUUGAUGAAUCAGGGACGGAUGUGGAUGAUGAUGUUUUUGAGGAUGUAGUUAAAGAUCCCUCAGUUGGAGUUCUAACCAUAAAACAUGGUGCAGACUUGGAAUCUGCCUCUCCACAAGCCUCUCCUGUGCAGUUAAAUCAGUCCCUGUCUUCAUCUAUUGACUCCACUGACUCACAGGACACAGUGAUUAUUGAAGAAAGCUCUUCAAGUAAAAGAAUGAGUCUAGAUUAUGAAGCUAAAAAGUUGGUGGAAUCCAUUCUUGUCCAGAAACCUGGUGGGGAGCGUGUAAUAAAUUAAUACAACCGAACUAAGACUUUGGGGGAUGAAACGAGAAGGAAAAUGGUGAACAUCCUGGCAGCUGACAUGACAGAAAAGAACGGUACAUCACCACCACGGCAGGUUAAAGAAAAAUACGCCAGAGGAAUUGUGGCUUUGUUCCCUUACCUCAGUGACCCCUUCUCCAAAAAUGGCUAUGAGCAUUACUAUGAUUGUGAGAGUGGCACUGGGUACUUGGCAUGGAGAAUCAAAACUAUACAGAGAGGCUUGGCUAAAGAACGACGAGCAUCAUUUGAAGGACAAGGAGCAUCUUCAGAGGGGAUGUCUGGUGGACCAACUGUAAGAUGGGAGUCAGAGUUUACUCCAGAGAUUGUCUUGAGUGAGGAUGAAUGCAAGGAAUCAAUUGCAUUCAUGAAACAUUCUGCUGAUGAGGACACAGUCAAGAAGAAGAUGAAAUUGACAUUUGACUAUCGCCACAACAUGGUUCUUGACCCUAUGCAGUCAAGCGAUAUAUUGACAGUCUUUCCACGUUUCAAAGACGUUAAAGGCUUGAUUGAGCAAGACUUUGUUCUGAUGUUUGGAGAAGGAGUGUCAGGCAAGCUACUGGAGAAAUGGACGACUGCAUUCAAGAAAAAAGUGAUUCAGCAGUCCAAAAAGCUUCCAACCACCAGUGAUUUAGAAGAACUCCUGCUAGCAGCUCAAUUUCCUGAUCACCCAGAAGAAGGUGUUAAUUUUGCUUGGGACUCUGACCUCUCUUCUAUACUACUGCUGUUGCAUCUGAUCCCACCUUCUGCCCAAGGCCGAAAGAGACCAGGAAAGGUGUCUGCGUCUCAAGCAGAGAAACAUCUUGUUGUCUUUAAGAAGAGUGGAACAAACAUUGAGGAGCAUCUUCGAGACAUCACUGCUAGUGCUCAGCCCUAUCUCCUGGCAGUGGGACCUCAGAAGAAUUCAGUUCACCAGUACUUCAUCGUUCUUGAUCAGCAUGCCAUUCCAUGCAAGUCAACCUCUUCUCUUGGUGCCUUUGACGAACUGUUUAAGGCACACUUUGUUUUUGGCACAUCUUACAAUACUACGCUACACAACAUGUACACUUUCAUUCAGACUACUGUAUACAACAUAGAUGUUGGCAAAGUGAAAGAGAGCCCUCGUGUUGCUGAGGUCAGAGCAAGGUUGCUUUGCUAGGUCCCUUAAGAUUUUCUGUCCUCAUGAAGUGUUUUGUUUGUCAGGCAGAGUUAAAUGGUUCAAAAAUGCUUCUUAGGCACUUCAGAUUAGUUCAUGGUUUUGUUCCUGGAAAGAAUCUUCACCUUAAGUGCAUAGAGGCUGGUUGUGGUUCUGUGUUUGGUACUUUUUCAGGUUUUCGGAAACAUCUGCACACAAAACAUGCUGAGAGUGAGCAGAAUUUUGACACCAUUGAUGGCCAUGAGACCGCCAAGGCAGAUGGACAAAAUAAUGCUGAAAUACUUGAUCAGAUGGGAAGUGCCGGAGAGAUGGCUACAAUAUCUGAAUUGUUAAAGUCAAAUAAGAGCACUUUCGAUAUGUGUGCAUCUGCUGUUGCACAACUUAAAGUUGCUGGUUUAAGUCAGUCUGCUAUAAAUGGUUUUGUUUCAUCUAUGGAAGAAAUGGUUUUUGAGAUUCAUAGUCAGGCCCAGGAUGCAGCUUUGCUCUGUCUGUCUCCACAGGACACAACUACUAAAAGAAAGAUGGAAAAUCCAUUUACUAUGUUAAAUUCUGAAGCCAAACGAAAGAGACUAUUUACGGAAAAAUGGGGAAUUGUUGAACCAACCGAAAUAGUGCUUGGCACCAGAUUUGACAGCAGGAGAAAUAAAACCACAGGUUCGUUUGAUCAAGUUGUUGUAACUGAUAAAUUUGCUUAUAUUCCCAUUUUAGAAACACUAAAGGCAAUUUUACAAAAUCCGCUACUUAUUGAUUUGUUUAAACCCCGGCAUGUUCCAAAGGAAGGCAUUUAUGUUGAUCUAAGUGAUGCAGCAUAUUUUAAAAGUAAUCCCUUAUUUUAUACAGAAAAUGAUGCCUUACAAAUUCAGUUAUUUUAUGAUGAUUUUGAGACCGCUAAUCCUUUGGGUUCCAAAAAAGGUAUACACAAAUUAGGUGCAAUCUAUUUUACAUUAAGGAAUUUCCCCCCAGUUUUCAACUCCUCAUUGGUGAAUAUUCAUUUAUGUGCCCUCUUUCAUGCACAGGAUAUUAGGCGCUAUGGUUUUAAUUCUAUACUUGAGCCUCUAGUAAAUGAUUUGAAAGUGCUUGAGAUUGAAGGGGUUAAGAAUCCAGUGUCUGGAAGUUGUAUUAGGGGUACAGUUAUUCAAGUCACUGGGGAUAAUCUUGGCUUGCACAGCUUGUUUGGGUUUCUUGAGUCAUUUGGGGCUCGAUAUUGCUGUCGUUUCUGCCUUCUUGAGAAACAUCACUUUCAGUCUGUGUUCUGUGAAGAUAACCCUGAGGUUGUACUAAGAACAACUGAGAUGCAUGCUCUGCACUGUGAAACUUUACAAGCUGAUUCUACACUACCACAUGUUUAUGGUGUCAAACGGACGUGUUUGUUAAAUUCACUCAAGUAUUUCAACACAGCCAACAAUUUCGCUGUGGAUAUAAUGCACGACAUUCUAGAAGGAGUUGCUCAGCUAGAGGUAAAACUUGUUCUGCAGUACAUUCAAAAUAAUUUUCUGAGCACUGAUGAUCUUGCUGGUAGGGUACAUGCUUUUGACUAUGGUUAUAAUCAGCAGAGGAACCGUCCUCCAAGGGUCAAAUUGUUUGAUGGAAGCAAUGAUUUGGGUUUAAAUGCCAUCCAAUCUUGGUGCUUGUUGCGCAACAUGCCCCUAUUAUUUGGUGAUUUAGUGCAAAGAGAUGAUAAACAGUGGCAUCUUUUGAUUUUACUUUUGCAGAUUGUCAACAUCGUAUUUUCACCAGUCUUAACAGAAGGCAUGACCAUUUAUCUUAAACAUAUAAUAAUUGAACAUCACCAGCUAUUCAAAAAAUUAUUUCCUGAAAGAAGUCUUUUGCCAAAGCAUCACAUAAUGAUUCAUUACCCACAGUGUAUUAGAAAAAUUGGACCAAUUCUGCACAUGUGGUGUAUGCGUUAUGAAGCUAAACACAAAUUCUUUAAAACGCAGUUAAAAAGUUUAAAAAACAUCACCAAAACACUAGCCAGAAGCACCAAUUUUGUACUGCAAUGCACUGGGAGUCUUUUAGCCAGUACAGAUCGUCUCUUGGCCCAGGGAAGAUGAUAGAACUCAGUGAACUUAAAGGUGGCCAAGAAAUUGCUGCCAAACUAGGAGUGGUAAUGUCAGACGUUGUCUAUUCUGUUAAGUGGAUCAAACACCAUGGCACAGAGUAUCGCCCUGAAUUUAUUAUCUGUACAGAAGUAGCAUGUGACAUGCCAGUGUUUUGUAAGAUCCAGACUAUUGCUGUGAAAGAUGAAAAUGUGCUGUUGUGUGGAUCACUGAUGGAAACUGUAUGUUUUGAUGACCAUUACUAUGCUUUUACAGUCAAACUGCAUCCAGACAGAGUUUUUAAGGUAGUGAAUGUUAAUGAGCUGUGUUAUUUCAAACCAUUUGAUCUUCAGAUGAAAUAUGGUACAACAGAUUCUGCACUGCAUGUAGUGCCAUAUUGCCAUUUAAUGCAGACGUGAUGUAUUUUUGUGUAUUUGAGUGUUUCCUGAGCCUGACUCUUGUUUUAAUAAAUGUUUUAUAUGUGA